UAUUAGAAAACAAUUUAGGGAAAAAGCGAAAAUUCCCAACCGUCAAUAGAUAUAAGUGUUGCCAAUGCAAGUUACACAAUCAACUUUCGUGUUAUCUUAUCGUUAAUUCCAAGCGAACGGAAAGUGUUUACAUCAUCAAAAUUAAAGACAAUAAUUCGGAUUUAACCCGGACAAAUGUACAGGAGAAUGACUUGGACCUUGAAGAAAUCGAAUCACGUCUUUAUAGUCAAGUUUACCACUCGGUUGAUACCGAAAGCGAUUUAGUCCUUCCGUCUGCACCAGUCGCGCCUUUGGCCCCCGAAAACAUGAAAAAUCAGGCCCGUUACUUCGGCCCUUGGACCCCUGGCAGCAAAUUCCAAAAAAGUGUGCAUGCAAAACAAAACACAAGACCACCAACUUUCAAGGAUAAUGACCAGUCCCAUCCAGGGUUUUACUCAAAAAGUUGCAACAGGCGCCACAGGCCUGAUAAUAUAUCAAUCAACCAACUAGUUGUUUUGACUCCUCAAAGUCCGAUAGUUUGUGUAACUCCUAAGAAAAAUCGUAAUAAGGCGCGCUGGAAAAACUACAAAAGGAAGCAGAAGAAAUUGGAGAAACUGGCCAAUUCUCAGAAGGAACCUCCGAAACAAACACCAGGUGUCGUACCGGGAAACCAAGAACCAAGUAAUUGUGACAAGGUCAUUACAUUGUCCGAUAGUGAGAACGAGGAGGAUAGCUGUGUGUUAAUUCCUGAAAAUUGGCCGGUUUUGUCUGUUUGUGAUUCAGACGAUGAUAAUAAGAAAGAUAUUAGUGAAAACAAGUCGUCAAAUGACGAUGUUGUAUUUGUUGAGCCAGUGGAGACACCUGUUGAGGUAAUAAACCUUGACGAAGAAACCGAGUCUCCGAAAAACUCACAACAAAAAAAUAACGAAACUGCGUCAGUUGCAUCGGAUAACUCGAGCGUUUCCGAUUCACCAACAAAAAAGGCCCACCGCGAGCGUAAAGAAUUGUUAAGUACGCCCGAUUCAGCCUCGAAUGAUUUCGUCAACAGUUCUGGAGUUGAAUUAAAUCACAAAAAUUUCAACUUCAGUUUGCACGGAUCAGAUUUCAAGAGUGGCGACUUUGUUAAACCUGCAAACCCUAACGAGACGUGCGAAACUGAGAGUAGUUCAAGCACCACUGACCUCAAUUCUGCAAACUUAAUGAAAACUAUCGUUUUUAACGAAAUUGAAUUUCCAAAAGACGACGUUUUCUCCGAGAGUAAUUUAGAGAGUUUUGGUAAUUUUAUCACUCCAAUGAAGAGCCGGGCGAAUACUCCGGUUGCUGCAACAUCGUCCACUCCGAAGGUGGAGGAGCAGAUUAAACAAUCAACUAACUCGUCGGAUAGUAGCUCUGAAAGUGAUUUCGAGGACUCAAGAGUCGAGAAAGUUAAGAAAAUUAUGAACUUGCCCGAACUAUCGCCCAUGCAGACGAAGGAGAAAUCAAAGAAAAUUAGCAGUAAAUACGAUUUGGUCGAUGCAGAAGCGGACGAGUCUUUAAUAAAACAGAAGCAGAAGAAGAAACAGAAAAAUAAGAAAAAGAAGAGUGAGAAAGAGGAGACUGUUGAUUGCACGGAGGCGGUUCAGAAGAAGAGAAAAUCGAGCCAAAUGGAAGAUGCAGGUGAUAGUGUCUUGAAGAAGAAAUCUAAGAAUAAGAAAAAGUCGCGGACUGCGUCUCCUGAGCUUGAAGCAAAUACCAAAAGUGAGCAAAAGUGUGAAGGUGUUGACGUUUUGCUCCCCAGUUUAAAAAAAGUAACAGAAACUGACGAAACAAUUAAAAAGGAACAUACAGUUAAGGAAGAACCAGAAGUUAAGGAAGAACCGUUGAAGAUAAAGUCGCCGAAAGUCGUUGAAAGUGAGGAGUCUGCUAUGGACGGGUUUCUUGUCGUUGAUGAAACGUUUGCCACCACCACCGACAUCAAAACUAUCUCAUCAGAUUCCGAUUCGAUUUUAUCUUCACUUGCUGAAGAUCAAGACAUUCAAUUAAUAAAUUGUGAGGCGAAAUUUGAACCUGACUGUACUGCGUCUACUUCCAAAUCCGGUGUACUAAAUCUGGCAAAUUGUAGUGUCCAAGACCUUCAAUUUGUGAUGUCGAAUGAUCCUAAUCUUUGGACGAUAUUAGACAGGGAUAGGUUUCCUAUCAAGUCUCCUGUUGGUAAAAGGUGCAAUAAAUGCAAAGAGCUGGGUCACAUAGCUCUCAAAUGUCCAAACAAGCUGGAACCUAAGUGCAAGCUGUGUGGAGAAGGCGGGCAUUUCGAACCUCGAUGUCCUAACAAGAUGUGUACUCAGUGUGGCAAACGUAGUUACUACACCACAGCCUAUUGCAGCUUGUGUUUCAAGCUACGAGAUUACCAAUGCCAAAUUUGUUCCAUGACUGGUCACGCACCUGAGACUUGCCCAGAUCUAUGGCGGCGCUACCAUUUAACCACCACUGAGGGUCCGUUGAAAACGUACUCUGGCCCUGCCCUGAAACCAAACUUGUGGUGUUCUGGGUGUGCCCAGCCAGGCCACUUGGAACACAUGUGUGACUUUUACAAGUCGAUGUAUCCACCAACAGACCCGUUUAUUAAAAACUAUGAUCAGGUGUAUGAUGAUGAGAAUGAGAAUGAGCCACAGGAAGAGGCGCCGCAGCCAGAUCCUCAACCGAAUUUCGCACCGAACCCACCCCAGAAUUAUGUAAUGCAAGGAGUCAACCAGGGACUUAACUAUAACUGCAAUUACGACCAAUUUGCCAAUGCGUUUAUCCAAAAUGGGAUGUUUGUGGCCAACCAACAAAACUUCUACACUAAUCAGUUCGCGCCGCAAGACGGUUACAUGCAAGGGUAUCCGCAAUAUUCCAACGCCUACACCAGUUUUUGUGACAACUUACCGAAAUAUAUAAGUUUAGCUACUCCACAGCACACUGUGAUAGCUACUCCACAGCACACUGUGAUAGCUACUCCACAGCACACUGUCAAUUUGGAGGCGCCUAGGCCUGAAAUCCCUAGCCUAGAAUUUGCGACCCCUGCUGAACGAAAAGUACACUGCAACAGCAUGUUUUUUUCAUCGUCGGGGAGAUUGUUGCGACAAUUUGUCAGUAGAGAGUUGGCGAAAUUGUCCAAAAUAUCGUUCAAUGUAAAGAGAUAUGUGACAGAAUUGAAGAGGAGGCAGGUUCCUCGCGGUGCACGACGACGGGCAGAGUACUACGAGUUGGCCAAUAUGGUGCUCUUUGGGGUUCUCUGUUUAGGGGAUGGGAAAUUUCAUCUGAACGCUCUGAAACAGCUCAAAAUGGACAAGAGCAAGUUGAGUUGUUUCAGACGACAAAAAUUGCAUAGGGCGUACUGUUUUAUUUUCGGAUGUGAAAGGCACGACAGUGUAGACUAUAAUGAACUCAUAAGCAGGAUUUAAUGAAUUUUAAUUUGCGAUUUUUGAAUAAUUUUUUGUUGAAAUAAAUACGAAUUUUCCGA